UCCAGUAUUAAAGAGUAUAGAAAUUGCAAUAUUAGGAUUAAAACAGUAUUGUUAUAUAUGUAUUGCUCUCUCAUGAAAGCUUUCAUUCAUUUCAUAAAAAUCUGAAAAUAUUUCAUCAUUUGCGUUCAAAACGCACGCCUAUUUAAUAUAUUUAUAAAAAUAAUAAGAAUAAAAUUUAUGUGAUCUUCGUAAAUGGUUUCAUCUGUUCUAACCUUAAAGUAUCAUUAUAGCCGAUUAGUAACAUGUAUCUGGAUAUAAGUGAUACUAUUGAUAAUAUUGCUGAAGAGUCUUCUUUCUUGUAUAACGUAUUAAUUAUUGCUAAAAAUAAUUAUUGCAAAAUUGAAACACAUAAAUAAUUAAAUGUGCUUAACGAAAUGCAUCCUUCAUUCAUGUUUUCAUAUUAAAACACGAAUACAAUUAAAUCCAAAUAACUUUAAUUAUUUACAUUGUAGACAUUCAUUUUAUAGAAAAUUGUUUGUAAGAAUUUGUUUAAAUUUAUUGGUGAAAGAUAUGUUCUAUAUGCAGCCUAAUAUAUUUCUUGUUUUUAUAAUUUUAUUUAUAACUGAUGUAAUUUGGUAAAAUGAUUAAAUAUUAAUAGAUUGGAAAGUUUCCAGGUAUUUCUACAAUGUGUGGUAUUUUUGAGUUUUAUUCCAUCAUACCAUCCCUGGCUUAUCUAUUUUCUCUCAGUGAUUGGUCUUCAAGGGUGCAACAUAUUGCUCUACAUAUUGCUUGUGAUACUUAUUUAUUCUAGCGAAAGAAGAAAAUGAAAUUGAUCCUGAAUCAGGUAAAUGGACCCCUUUAUUGGUCUUGGCAGGAGCUACAAGUUGUCUGGGUUCCACGUUACCAGCUGGAUACAGCUUAGGUGUAUUAAACAAUCCUGCAGAGAUAAUUCAGAACUUUUGCAAUCAAAGUAUUAUCGAAAGAUAUGACAUACAAUUGACUCAUAACGAGAUGAUGAUAUUAUGGGCUACCAUAGUAUCAAUAUUUUUAAUUGGUGGAGUAACUGGAUCUUUGGUAGCAAGUUGGUUAGCGGAUAGAUUCGGAAGAAAGGGAGCAUUGAUGACUGGAAAUGUACUUGGAAUCUUAGGUGCUAUUCUCUUUCUCCUUGUACCAACAUUAAAUUCUGUUGAAUUGUUACUUAUAGGCAGAAUAUUUGUUGGUCUGUCAGGAGGAUUAGCUACUAGUUUAUUACCUAUGUAUAUGACAGAAAUAGCACCUCUUAAAUUAAGAGGUGCUGUUGGAGUACUAUGUCAAUUAGGCAUCACAUGUGGUGUGUUUCUUGGACAAAUUGCAGGGCUUGAUACAAUGUUAGGUACUGAAGAAAGUUGGCAUAUCAUGUUAGCAGGAUUUUCACUUUUAUGUGCAAUUGCGCUACUUCUUACCUUUGCACUGCCAGAAAGUCCAAAAUAUUUAUACAUAAUUAAGGAACAACAGAGUAAAGCUCUUAAAGAGUUAAGUCGUCUACGUAAUAUGGAUAUUAUGUUAUUACAAAACGAAGUUGCUGGUUUACAACACGAAUUCGUGGCCAAAUCCUCGGCAGAUAAUUGGACGAUAGGUCGUAUAUUAAAAGAGCGCAGUGUUAGAUUACCUUUACUCCUAGUAUGUUCUCUUCAAUUUGGCCAACAAUUAACUGGUAUAAGUGCAGUAUUUUACUAUUCGAGUUCGAUAUUUAAAGAUGCAGGAUUAGGAACUACUGGAUCACAAUAUGCUACUCUUGGAACUGGCUUCGCUAAUAUUGCUAUGGCUGUGAUAUCUGUUCCUGUUAUGUCAUUAUUUCAUAGACGAAUUGUGUUAUUAAGUAGUUGUUAUUUGUCUAUCGGAUGUCUCAUUGUUUUAUGUACUUCCAUAGCUUUAAUCCAUACAGUUUCAUUUAUGCCAUGGGUAUGCAUAAUGGCAGUAAUGUUUUAUGUCAUCGUUUAUGGUAUUGGCCUUGGUCCAAUUCCUUUUUUUAUUGGGUCAGAAUUGUUUGAUGUUGGACCCAGACCUGUUGCAAUGUCUCUUGGAAGUGUUUGUAAUUGGGGUGGUAAUUUUAUUGUUGGAAUGUUAUUUCCAACGAUGCAAGAAUUACUCGGCCCUUACACCUUUCUUAUCUUUACAGGAUGUAUUUUACUUCUAGCACAAUUUGUUGGAUUUUAUUUGCCAGAAACACAAGGUAGAAGUACUAUGGAAGUUGCAGCAUCCAUUACGCAAGGAUUGAAAUCAAGGCCAAAUGCAAAGUCCGCUUAGAUAGUAAAUUUCUAAAAUAUUUGAACGUGAUGAUUAAUAAAAAAAAGACGAUCUAUGUUAUAAAUGGUUUACUCCAUAAUCGAUAACGUUACGGAUAAAGUAAAGUGUUAUAAAAAGCAAUCAUGAAGGCAGUGGAAUCAUAAUUUAUUUGCGUGUUAUAUCAUUUGUUUUAUAUACGAAUUGUUUAAUUUUUAACGGAAAAAAUUAACUUAUUUUAAUUGUAUAUAUUUACAUGAACAUGUACACAAUCUACAUUCCCAUUGUAUCCAGUACAAUGGAUUAUUUAUAUAAAUUUAAUACGUUUUACGUUCUCAUACCGUCAUACAAUUGAUCUAAUUUCUUAUAGAAUACUAAACAUAAAACUGUGUGUGGUGCUAUUCUCAUCCACGUUGGAAAAGUUCCUUUAUAUAAGCCGUAUAAACCUUCUGUUCGCAUUAUUUUAACCAAAGCGUCGUAGAGCCCAUUAUAGAGCUCACCUUUUCCACCUUGUGUUGCUCCUGUAAAAUUCAAAAAUGAUCAACCAUAAUUGUAAUGGAAUGAAAGUGCAUACAUGUACGUGCUUACUUUGAUUGUACAAUCUUGUUGCCAAUACGUCAAAAGGUUGCAUAGUGACAGCUACACAUGAUCCACCGAUUAACGAAGAAACGAAAGUUAAAGUUAUAGGAUAAUCUGUAAGUAUCUGAAAACGCAAAAAAAAAUCAUUACACCUGACAUGACUUACAAUUGACAUGACUUCGCCAUACGAUUGCCCAUUUAAAUAAUACACUUACAUUCCAAGAACGUAACAAAUCUGAGACCAAACUGAACGUAGUUAACUGCGUAGACGAUCCAAUAAAUAAUCUAGGUAUAUUAGCAUACCAACCACGAUAUAGCGCUGUUAUGCCACCUUGCUUCCAAAGUUUAAUAAAUGCUGACAACGUUCCUGUAUGACCGUGUUGAUAACCAACGGCAAUAGAUUGCGCGGAUUGAGCUUGAAUUUGUGUCUUGACCUGACAUCAAGAUUUUAAUUGAUUAGAAUAAAUUCUUUGGUAAUUUAUCAUUAUGAACGUGUGAUGAUUCGUGAUGAAAUAAAAGAAAGAAUAUUAUUUCAAUUGGAUACAAUUGUAAUCUCAAAAUGAUUAUUUCUUAUUACUGAUCAUCAACUAACUUUAACGUGAUAAUCGUAGAAAUCUAGGAGCUGAAUUUUGCACAUAUUUCCAAUAUAUUACCAAGUAAAAUGGACUACCGAGAACGCCCCCUAAGCAACCAGACAAUCCUGUGAUGAGCACAGUUUUCAGGAUAUCCGUAUUUCCUUUACUAUCCAGUAUGAAACCAUACUUUGUUGCGGUGUUAUAAACACCUAAUCGUAUACCAUUGAGAACGACCUGAAAAUAUAACGCUGGUGCAAUACCAGAUUGUAAAGCUAAAAUUCCUUCGUGUUUAGCUAUGAGAUAGGCAGCAUGAAACGUAUUUUUAUAUAUCUUUUUGUAAGCUCCCCUCGCUUCGAGUUCUCCUUGGAGCUGCAAUCGUAUCUUAAUAACAUCUGCUGGAUUAGUAAAUAAUCCAGCGCCCGCAGCCGAAAUUGCUCCUAUUACAAAUUCCGCUCCGAGUCUAGAAAGAAGAAAAAAAAAAAACAAAAAAAAAAAGAUAAAUAAUAACUAUGUAAAGAAAACAUAAAAACUUACAGUUACAGUAAGAAGACUUAUUAAAAAUUAAUUUAUAAACGAUCGAGAACCCGCGUUUUAAUGUGACCAAUGAACGAAUAGCCGGUUUCCCACGUUAAUCUAUUCUGAUUGGUCGUAAUAUAAGCUCGAUAUUGAACGAAAUACAACAGGGAAUCGAAUCGAAAAUAAAACCAUAGUUUGUUAUUGCAUAACCGGUGUACGUUUUCGAUCGAUUAACAAAACCACGAGUGUAUUACUCUCGUAGUUUCUAGGCUUGCCAAACGCGAAGAAGUAUAUUUUUGUAAUUCGCUCACGGUCUCUCCGUUUCGAUACUUGGUAGAGUGAGGUUUUCGGCGGUAGCCAUGUUGAAGAAUAAAAAGUUAAGUUCACUUGGAAGAUGUGUAUAUAAUGUGUAAGCCAAAC